AUGGCUUCCAAUCAACCAAGGAAUACACCUACUGAUUCCGAUCUCUCCCAAGCAAAGUAUAUCGAGGAUAAAGAACUCGGCAGCUUGACCUCGACAGAAGGAACCACUGUGUCUACCCCUCUACCAUUCACUGAGGCCGCGACGAAGAAGCUUCUGCGCAAGUUGGACCUCCACUUGAUCCCAUUCUUGGCACUUCUCUACCUACUCUGCUACCUCGACCGCACCAAUGUCGGCAAUGCGCGUCUCGUCAACCUCGAGAAGGACCUCAAAAUGAAAGGCCUCGACUACAACAUCUCCCUUGCCAUCUUCUUUCCAUUCUAUGUCGCUGCUGAGAUUCCAAGCAACAUGAUGUUGAAAAGAACACGCCCAAGCAUCUGGUUUACAUUAAUCAUGGUGUGCUGGGGCCUCAUCAUGUUGUGCAUGGGCUUCGUACAAAACUUCAGCGGACUUCUUGCUUGCCGCGCUUUCCUUGGCAUUGCAGAGGGUGGGCUGUUUCCUGGUGUUAGCUACUUUAUUACAAUGUGGUAUCGUCGAACUGAAUGCGGCCUACGGAUGGCUUUAUUCUUCUCUGCUGCGACAUUGGCUGGUGCUUUCGGUGGUCUGCUGGCACGUGCAAUAUCACAAAUGAGUGGCAUUGGUGGGAGAGCAGGCUGGUCGUGGAUUUUCAUCCUGGAGGGACUGAUGACACUUUUCAUUGGAAGCUUCUCUUAUUGGCUCAUCAAUGAUUAUCCAUCAACUGCCAAGUUUCUAACGCUCCGAGAGCGAACUGAAGUCCAGCGAAGAAUGGCCGAGGAUGGUGGCCUCUCUGACGACUUCCAUCUCAAAUAUGUCAUUCAAGCAUUCCGAGACUGGAAGAUCUGGGCCAACAUGUUCAUCACCAUUGGCCUCUUCACUCCUCUGUACUCCAUCUCUCUGUUCCUUCCCACAAUCAUUAACGAACUCGGCUAUACUGCGAACGCAACCCAGUUGAUGACAGUCCCGGUCUACGUCGUAGCGUGUUUCUGCACCAUUUGUGGAAGUUUGGCAUCUGACAAAGCUGGGCAGCGAGGCCCCUUCCUCAUGGGAUUUGCAAUGCUUGCUAUCACGGGCUUCUUAAUGUUGAUCACCAGUGGGAAACCUCAUAUUCAAUAUGCAGGAACGUUUCUUGCCGCUUCUGGCAUCUUUUCCACCGUCCCAUUAAUUGGCACAUGGAACAGCAACAACAUCGGCGGCAGUCUUAAGCGCGGAGUCGGUAUCGCAAUGCAAGUUGGCUUCGGCAACUUCGGUGGUGCCGUCGCUGGCUUCGUCUAUCUUGCCCAAGAUCAGCCUCGGUUUAUCAAAGGACAUGCAAUACUCAUCGCCCUCGUCUCAAUGUCCCUUUCCCUGUCAACUCUCAUGACUUGCUACUAUCGCCGCGAGAACUCCCGUCGUGAUGCCAUCCUCCGAGGCCGCAACAUGACGAUCGGGGACUAUAGCAGUGACAUGAAGUGGGAGGAGCGUGAGAAGGGUGAUGAUGCUACGUUCUUCAGAUAUACUGUCUAG